AUGGAUACCGCUGCUUCUGAGUGUGAGUGUGACGUAUGCGCGCGCGCCUCGAUUUUGCUGUUUCUCUGCGUGCACUACGCGCAGAGUGCUGAUCAAGGAAAGCGCUCAAUAAGCUCAAUAGGCUCUGUAGGACUCAGCUCUAUAGGACUCGGUUCAGUAGGACUCGGGUCUGCAGGAAUCGGCUCUAUAGGACUCGGAUCUGUAGGAAUCGGGUCUGCAGGACUCGGGGCUGCAGGACUCGGUGGAGGAGCCAUACCAAUACGUCAUUCCUACUCAGAAUACCACAACCGGGUGGCCAUUCCUGUCCCCCAACCUAUCCCCAUUGGCGUACCUAGAGCUGUUCCCGUCCCCGUCCACGUAGGAGUACCAGUAGACCAACCCCGUCCGGUUCCUGUAGCAGUCCCCCAACCCGUAGCGCAGGUUAUAUCCCGACCUAUUGCGGUACCCAUUGACAGACCUUUCCCGUAUCCCUACGCGCAGCCUGUUCCUGUGACUGUGACGCAAGGAGUGGGGAUACCUGUGCCUCAACCGUAUGCUGUUGGGGUGCCUGCUCCGGUUCCUGUGGGAGUUCCCCAACCUGUUGCUGUGCCUGUGUCUGUUGUUGGGGCUGGCGGGGGACUUGGGGGAUUAGGGGGAAUUGGGGGAGUUGGGGGAGUUGGAGGAAUUGGGGGAAUAGGCAGUAUCGGAGUAAGUAGUAUAAGUGGUAUUGGAGGUGCAAUAAGCAGUGUUGGUCAUUCUUCAGUUAUUUCUCAACCGGUGAUUAGCGGGUCCCUCGCGGCUUCACAUGGACAUGGACAUCAUUACUGA